UGGAUGAAAUGAGUGAGUCACUCGAGUUCACAUUAUUCUCUUAACCAAACUCACUGUAUUUAAACUAACAUGAAUGACACCAUACUUACAGGGUAUUUUGACUUCGAGCGGCAUUUCGAUGAAAAAGUUGCAUUUAAAUGGUUUGAGGAAAACUGGACCACGUCCUUUGUGCUGUGCGCUGUGUACGCCACGGUUAUCUUCCUCGGCCGGUACCUGAUGAGAGACAGACAGAAGUUGGACCUGCGUGUUCCUCUGGUCCUCUGGUCCCUCAGCCUUGCGGUGUUCAGUAUAAUAGGAUCAGUGCGUACAGGAUCCUACAUGCUGCACCUCCUCAGUGAUGGAGGAUUCAGACAGACCGUGUGUGACACCACCUUCUACAGCGCCCCCAUCAGCAAGUUCUGGGCCUUCGCCUUCGUCCUCAGCAAGGUGCCCGAGCUCGGAGACACGGUGUUUAUUGUCCUGCGUAAGCAGCGUCUGAUCUUCCUGCACUGGUAUCACCACAUCACAGUGCUGCUGUACUCGUGGUACACCUAUCAAGUGCGAGCUGCAGGAGGUUGCUGGUUCAUCACCAUGAACUUCACCGUGCACGCGCUCAUGUACGGCUACUACGCUGCCAAAGCGGCCGGACUUCGCCUUCCUCGACUCUGCGCCAUGAUCAUCACCGCCCUCCAGACUCUACAGAUGGCUCUGGGUCUGACGGUGCUGGCGCUGGUGUACAUCUGGCAGAAUGACACCAUGUGCAGAUCCACCAACAGUAACAUCACCUGGGGCUCACUCAUGUAUCUCAGCUACCUGCUGCUCUUCUCCUCCUUCUUCUACAAGUCCUACGUGAAAGGAGGAGGAAAGGAAACGGCUAAGGAGAGACGAGUUAAAGCCGAAUAAUGUGCUGCGAUGGCCACAUGGAGGAGUGGCUGCUCUCUCUCUCUCUCUCUCUCUCUCUCUUUAUAUAUAUAUAUAUAUAUAUAGUGUCUCGGGUGUGAACGGAUCAGGUAAUAGGUUUACACUGUAUGUGAUGUUUUAGUGUCACUGCAGCCAAAGUCGUUCCGAACAAAGUGGGAGAAAUUGUUUAGGAAAGUCUGAGCGCCGUUAUGAUGCUCGUCAGAAAUCCACCGAUAGGAAUAUUACACUACAAACACACUACAAACUGCAAACACUAUUGCACUACAAACACACACUACAUCUACAAACACACAGUAAUACAUAGGACUAAACACCGCCCCCUGCUGGUCUAUAUCAAACACUGUGACUGUCUUCUGGAUCAGAUUCUGUGAUAUCUAAUGGCCAUCAAAUACGUCUAACUCUCACAUUCUUCCGAACGGAAAACCGUUAUAAUACUGUUAUAUAUGGUUAUAAUGCUUUAAUAUAGUAUAGCUCAGGUGUGCUGUCUAACCAGCUUCCUGUGGAUCUAAUCUCUGACCUUUAUAUUGUAUAUGGAGCCUGGAAUCUGACCUGAAAUCAGACUCUCUGAGGUUCUGAGGUGCCCAAAAGCAUCAUUUGUAUGUAUUUAUAUAUCCCCAGUUUCCUGUCCCUGUAUACCCAUCUAUCUGUUCAUUCAUCCAUCCAUCUGCCCAUCCGCAAAUCCAUCCAUUAGCCCAUCCAUCUAUCCUUCUAUAGAUCCAUCUGCCCAUCCGUCCAUCCCUCUAUCCAUCCGUUAGUCCAUCCAUCCAUCUGCCCAUCCGUCCAUCCCUCUAUCCAUCCAUCAGCCCAUCCGCAAAUCCAUCCAUUAGCCCAUCCGCCCAUCCCUCUAUCCAUCCAUCUGCCCAUCCGGCCAUCCCUCUAUCCAUCCAUCUGCCCAUCCGUCCAUCCCUCUAUCCAUUAAUCUGCCCAUCCAGCCAUCCCUCUAUCCAUCCAUUAGCCCAUCCGGCCAUCCCUCUAUCCAUUGAUCAGCCCAUCCGUCCAUCCCUCUAUCCAUCCAUCAGCCCAUCCGUCCAUCCCUCUAUCCAUCCAUCAGCCCAUCCGUCCAUCCCUCUAUCCAUCCAUCAGCCCAUCCGUCCAUCCCUCUAUCCAUCCAUCAGCCCAUCCGUCCAUCCCUCUAUCCAUCCAUCAGCCCAUCCGUCCAUCCCUCUAUCCAUCCAUCUGCCCAUCCGGCCAUCCCUCUAUCCAUCCAUCUGCCCAUCCGGCCAUCCCUCUAUCCAUCCAUCUGCCCAUCCGUCCAUCCCUCUAUCCAUCCAUCAGCCCAUCCGUCCAUCCCUCUAUCCAUCCAUCAGCCCAUCCGUCCAUCCCUCUAUCCAUCCAUCAGCCCAUCCGUCCAUCCCUCUAUCCAUCCAUCAGCCCAUCCGUCCAUCCCUCUAUCCAUCCAUCAGCCCAUCCGUCCAUCCCUCUAUCCAUCCAUCAGCCCAUCCGUCCAUCCCUCUAUCCAUCCAUCAGCCCAUCCGUCCAUCCCUCUAUCCAUCCAUCUGCCCAUCCAUCCAUCCAUCCAUGAAUCCAACAGUAUACCUGUCUAUUUGUCCAUACAUUCACCCGUCCAUGAAGCCAUCCAUCCGUUCAUCCAUUCAUCAAUAUUUUCUUCCUUGAAUCCAACAGUAUGCCCAUCCAUCUGUCCAUCCAUCCAACUGUUUAUCCAUCCAUCCAUCCACCAGUGUAUAUAAUGGAAUGAUAUAUAUUCACACUCUCCCAUGUCACAAUGUUGAUGACCAGGUUCCUUUUUCCUCAUAUCAUCUCAGGGAGUUUUUCCUCACCACUCUCACCUCUGGCUCACUUACUGUACAGUAUAAGGGAUAAAUGAACAUGUUUACCUCACAGCUCUGGGGUUGGAGCUCCUGUCUCCACAGUGUGUGCAGUGUAGGUGAAAUGUUCAGUCAAUACUUCAGGGAUUUCCUCUGAGUACUUCAGUUUCCUCCCCAAGUCCAAAGACAUAUUUAGAAGGUAGAUGCCGACUGUAGAUGGAUGAAUAUUUCCAAAUAUCUGUUCAUCCAUCUAUCAGUGUGUUCAUCUGUCCAUGUCUUUGUGUGUAAUUUGAAUGUAAACAUAAUCUGUAUGUUAAUGUAAACUCUGAAUGACUGUAUUAAAUUGUAACGGUGCCUAAAA